GCGGCUAUGAAAUGAUUUUCUGGUUUGUACAGCCGUAGUAGCAAAUGCCAACAGCCAAUGUCAUUUUCUCUGCUAACCUCACUAAAAUUGAAGUACCAAACAAAAACUAAAAAAUUUGCCAUUGCGAAUUCAGGUAAAAAGGUACCUAAUAAAAAUAUGAUAAUUUUCCCGAUUAAAAAUUUGAUUUUCAACAUUAAUUUGCUUUUAACUAUUGUAAUAUUUUACAAUUAUCAUGAACAAUGCUAAAAUUUUGGAAAAAAGCAGGACAUAAUCGAAACAAAAAUUGUACCACAUCGAAAUCCGUACAAUGUACUUCUGAGUCAUAUCCUGUUCCACCCCAAGUUGCUCCUCUUGUGUCACUUGAAGACGAAGGUCUCUGUGAUGUAGAGGAGUUUGAAGCAUCAAGAGAAAGAUCAAGACUUUCAAAGACGCUUGAAGAAAUUUUGACGGAUAAAGGAGCUUUGGGAUAUUUCAUGCAAUACAUGGAAGUACGUAAUGCCUCUCAUUAUAUUUUGUGUUUUUUGGACAUAGAAACUUUCAAAACUGACCACAUAAGAGAUGAAGCCUUAAAAAGGCAGUCACCUAUAGCUAGUAAUAUUGAACAUGACAGUCUUUCUGUAAGUACAGAUUGUGAUUCAUUUACUGCAGAUUCAAAUAGUUUAUUUGACUAUGCAACAACUAGUGAAACAAAAAUAUCAGAACCUACAACUCCCACUGAUGCAAACGAAUUAAAUUGCUUGAAAGAUACCUUCUGUAAUAAGUUGGUUGAAGCUGCUUUAGCUAUUUUUAAAAAAUAUAUUGCCCUUGAAGCAAAGCUUAAUGUUAAUUGUUCAGAACAACUUCGAAAAGAAGUUAUGGAGAAUAUUUGUGACACCGAGAAAGUAGUUUCAGGAAUGUGUUUUGAUUCUGUACAUAAAUAUUUAUUUGACACAAUGAAAAAUGAAUAUUUCAAUGCUUUUUUGGAAACUGAUUUUUUUUCUAAACACCAAAUUGAUGUCCUAACUAGCGGCAAUGUAGUUCUAGAAGAUAUUUUAUACAACGAAACAGCUCUAUUUUAUUUUAUGGAAUUUAUAGAACAGGAAAACAAAAGGACCCUAUUAGAAUUUUGGAUUGCUGCUACAAACUUGCAACAACAAUUGAAAGAUCAAAAGGAAUUUUUCGAUCCAAUUGAAGCUCAAAACGACGCUAUUGUUUUAUAUGACAAAUACUUUUCUUUACAAGCCCAUUGUCCUCUAGGUUUCAGUGAUAAAGUUAGAUUUGCUGUGGAACAAGAUAUUUGUGGAGAAAAACAAUUGAUCAUUAAUUGCUUUCAUGUUGCAAUAAAAAUUGUCGAACAGGUGCUAGACAAGCAUUAUUUAAAGCCAUUUUUAGCAUCUCAACUAUUUUACAAAUAUCUAUCAGAACUAAUUAAUACAGUACAAGCUAGUGGAUAUUCAACUAACAUUGAGCACAAAAGACAUUCCCCCUCAGACUGCAGUAGUGAAAAAAGCUUUUGCACAAACACAUUCCUAGCUCUUGAAAUACCUUAUGAAAAGAAGCAGAGUGAAAAAGCUAACAUGAGUAUAGAUUCGAGAGAACUUUACGAUCCUGACACUUUAUGGAAAAGAAAAAAAACACACCGAUUAUCAUUGGGACGAGUUACAGAGUUGGGAAAGUAUGUGGCAGAUAUUGAACCUGAACCAGACAGAAGUGGAUUUAAAUUCAAGGAUGUUGUCAAAAAAAUUGUUAGUCUUGAUGAGGAGGAAAAACGAAAAGAGGAAAUGGCUUGGAAAGUUGCAGAAAUGAUUGUUAAAGAUAUCACCAAUAUUACUUUAAACGAUAACCACCUUUAAGUUAUAUUGACCAGUACAAAUAUGUUAAUUUAAUUAAUUGUUUAUUGAAUUAUGAAGUUACUUUUUUUUAUCUCAACUUUAAAAUGACAAAUUUUGAAUACAAUUUUUUGAGCACAAUUUUGAACAAAAUAGCAAUAUGUUGCAUAUCUAAAUGAACAAAAUUUUAAUUUUUGUGAUAUAUUUUCAAAUUUGAACCCGCUCUCUUGGAAUAUCCAUUUCAUUUUAAAUAUUAUUCAAUGUUGCAAAAGUAAUUAUUGUAAAAAUAUCUUUGUUAUCUCUUAUUGAUCGUGCUAGUCAAAAUAGUUGCUUUAUACACCUACUUAAAAAGUUUUUGUCGAUUUGUAUUAUUUGUGUAAUUAGUGAUAUUGUUUAAAACAUACAUGUAUAUACAUAUAUUCAUAUUAUAAAGUCCUGUAUAUCCUAUUUAUUUUUUUAAUCUUCUCAUAUUACCUAGAUGUCUAUCC